GAUGAAGCUGAACCCGUGAGAGAGGAUGUGUACAUAUACAAAUUCCGAGUCGUCUUCCAGCUACUCGAAUCCAACCUCGGCUGAACUAGAAAGUGUCCCCCUGUAGAACUAACCAUUCACGCUAUUCUAUGUAAUCAGACCGACCCCCUCUUCACGACAGCUACAUCAUCUCCGCUCAACAUACAUAUAUAUUCCAAAAAAAAAAGCCCCCCAAUCCAUCAAUCCUCCUUUAUCGAGCCCAACAUGCCACCAAACAAGCUCCUCCUCGCCGCCUCUGUGCUGCACACCCUGCUAUCCGCGGGGCAUACCGCCAAAGGGCUCGAAAUGUUCAAAGACCCCGCCUUCGCGCGCCUGCCCGCGCUCCUGACCAAAGCCGUGCAAGCGGGGUGGUUUGAGGGGAGUGUGUUCUUUGCUAUUCUAGGCCUAAUAAACUACCGCUGGGCGCACUCCGGCCUCGCCGACUCCACCGAGCUCGGCGUCGCGGGCCUAAUCAGCCUCCUCUGCUUCGGCGCUGGGGGGUGGUACGCCAAAUCGGGCGACAAGCAGACGGGUGUGCUGCUCGCAGCUGCCGGGGUGUUGCAGGCGGUGGGUGUGCGAAGCGUCUUGUAAAAUAUGAAGAAUCGGGGUGGUGCGUCUGGGUGCUUUGCGGGGGAGGGGUUGCGUGGGGAGGGCGUGAUGUGGUGGAGGCUGUGAGGUAGUAGAGGAGCUUGUGCAUGAUUUAGGAGGAGAGGGGUUGCGCUUGGGAAGGCGAGCUGCGGAGCCUGUGAUGUUAGGAUCCAAAGGCUGGCGAAGACUUACCUUGACAGUCAAGGGCUGGACGGACGGG